AUGCUGAAGCCCUGGUUGAGUCGAUUCACAGUCUUGGUGACUGUUUUGGCAGUAAUUGGGAAUAUCUACAUCUUUACGUACCCGUCGCUGUACCCUCAACGGUGUUCUUGGCGAUGUGCAAAUCAAAAAGUGGCAAUAGAUGCCUUGGAUUCUUUGUCUUUGGUGGAGAAGACAGCGUACUACGCUCGUCGCUACUGGGAAGAUGUUAGGCAACAAUUCGGCACAGCAAAGGUUGUCGAUAGAAGCUCGAGGAAAGAUAUGCCUGCAGACGUGCACCUUCUGGCUUUGGGUGAUCCUCAGAUCAAGGGCGUCUGGAAAAAUACGCCCUACUUGAGCAGACUGGAUACAUAUGGCAACGACUACUACCUGGGCCAUAUCUUCGCAAUGAUGAAAAGAAGACUGAGACCAAGUCAUGUGGCGGUGAUGGGCGAUUUGUUUUCAUCGCAGUGGAUCAGCGACUCUGAGUUCUACAACAGAACCAUGCGCUACACUAGCCGCAUCUUCCAGCGUGACACCUCGUGGCUCGAAAAAACUAGACAAGAGAGUCACGAUGCAGACGGACUAUAUGCCGUGGACUGGACCACGUUUGCGGACGAUCUGGGCGAGCGCUUGCAAAAGCAGCCCAAAGACUUUGAGUUUGGUUACAACGACGUGCAGACCUGGGAUCCAGCUAAAGAAGACUACCUGUUCAUCAACUUAACUGGGAACCAUGACAUCGGAUACUCCGGAGACGUCACGUACCAGCACAUGGCACGUUUCCACGAGCUUUUUGGCAAGGAUAACUACUGGAUAGAGUAUGGUCGCGACACCGAGCACCCAUGGCGCAUUGUGGUGCUUAACUCGAUGCUACUGGAAGGUCCAGCCUUGCAGCAACAGCUUGUCGACAAAACGUGGGAAUUUCUGUACCGGCUUUUCGAGCAACGGUUUGACGGCAGCACAGUGCUAUUGACACAUGUGCCAUUUUACAAGAAACCGGGGUUGUGUGCGGAUAGCGAACUGUUCCGUUACUACCCAAGCGAUUACGAGCGGGAGCCAUACAAGCAGAAUUUGCUGCGGUCCCAAAACCAUUUAAGCGAGGACGCUACAAGACGCGUACUAAACCUGAUUUUCGACAACAACAAGCCGGGGAUCAUUCUAACGGGCCACGACCACGAAGGGUGCGAGACUGUGUACAACAAGGACGCCAAGGCCAAGUGGACCGCGUCGAAGGCUGUCAGCUCGACGGAUUUCCACGUCCGCGAGAUUACCGUUCGGUCCAUGAUGGGCGAGUUCGACGGUAACGCCGGCCUGGUAACGGGCCAUUACAAUCCACGAACGAAGCAGUGGGAGUGGUCGUUCUCGUUGUGUCCGUUUUCGGUCCAGCACGUGUGGUGGUUCACCAAAGUUGUUACGAUCCUGAGUGGCUUGCUACUGUCCGUGAUGGUAUUUUUGUGA